AUGGACGUCAAGCAUGUCCAGGCUGUCCAGAUCAACCAUGCAGACCGGAUCUUAAGAUUGGAGAAGCGCCAGGCGGAUGAUGCAGCAUUGAAGUCCGUUUGGGGCACUGGCUCGCCGUUUCCAGGAGUCUUGAGCGGUACCCCCCAGCAAGGUCCAGUUCCAAAUCCUCCGGUCGACGUUUUCGACGACUUUGAUGAUGAACAAGGACAGAAUUUGCUCAACAGUCUACAACUCGAAGCAGAUGAGGAACCUGUCAGACGUGGUGCAUCAAGAGCCAACAGCGUUCGAUUUGAUGUCAGUGCGCUGCAAGGGUCGAAUUGGGCUGCUGGUUCGCGGAACUCGGGAGACUUUGGACCUGUACGUCCAGGGAGCGGAUUUGGAAGCCAUCCCAUGACGGAACGUUCACUGUCACACAAGUCAGAUGGUAGACAUAGCUCUGCUGGCCAUUCAGUGCAUUCAAUGCACUCGGUCCCAUCUGGCCGAACGAGCAGCCUAGGACUUGAUACUAAUUUCCUCAUUGGCGGCCAAGGCGAUGACUCGCCUUUGGACAUUCCUGAUCCUCCCCCAGGACUGUUCGUUCUGGGAUCCGUCCCCUCUAUUAUCCGGUGUUGGUUGACAACCAACUUUUCACACAAUUCGCUCCUCUACGCUGACGUUUGCACUGGCUCACAAAGGUCACUGCUUGAUUUCUCCCUCGUCAAAGAUCUGGGACUACUUGAUCAGGUUCAGAAGGACGCCUCUGGACGUCAUACCAUCAGGCUCCCCGUCUAUCUUCCUGAAGCUGUCAUCACUCAACCAACAUCAAGAUCUAAUAGCCCUGCUCCUCACCUUCCCACCCUCUUGGCGGACUUCGAACUCAUUUCUCUCACCCAUCGCAGCAAUUUCGACCGUAAGAAAGGAAUCCGUGUCUUCCUCGGCAGUGAUACCCUUAGAGCGCAUAAUGCAGACAUCUUGUUCUCUCAGAAUGUUAUGACGCUCUACGCUGAUGACAGAAACAAGCUUUCGGUUCCCUUCGUGAGGCCUGAAGACGAGAAUCUGUUCAAGAAUCUGCGCACUGCUAACAUCUCACCCGAGAGAAGUGAAUUGAAGGUGUCCGCAACUCCUCUCACACCAACUGAGUCGAAGCCAAAAGUGGAGCCAACGCCAGAAGCUGUCAAUUCUGCGCUGACAAGAAAAAUCGGCCAACGCACCAAAGGGAACUCAUCCGACCAAGAGCAACGUUCGGGUCCUUCUACAGAACCGCCAUCGCCAUUCAUCUCCAACUUCUCAUCGGAUGUAAGUAGUCGUAAUAGGGCUUCCAGCGUGAAGAGUGCCGAGGCGAACGGGAACACCACUGAAUCCGAGAAGCAACGUCUAGUCGAGAGCACUGCUCAGGAGUCAGAACCAUUAGAUUCCGGAGCCUCGGCCGACUCGGCACGUCGCGAAUCGUCAGGAGGAAUUUGGGGUUCGUGGCGUCAAGCAAAUGGUGCCGCCGGAAGUGAAAACGAAUCCACGAGCGGAUACCAAAGAGCUACAAGAGGAGGAGGAAGACACAUGAAAGUUCUCAAACCCUCGAAGGCCAUCUCUUCCUCGACAACUACUACUGACAAGAGCCGCUCAUCCUCUGCUGCACGCACCGGCGCAACGUAUGAGCCAGCACCGGCUCGUUCUUCGGGAGAAACCAGACGGAAGAGUCAGAGUCAGGCUGGCGGAGUGGAGAAUGUGCCCCUGAGAUGGGAGUCCAAAAGAGUCAGUUCGGAUGAACAGAAAGCACCACGGACCAUUUCGACGAUUCCGAGAUCGUCCAAUAACCCAGUUGGAGGCGCCUCGGCGUUUGCAUGGAUGAACUCUAGCAAGCCGAAAGCCACGACUGCGGAGUAG